AUGGCGUUAGCAGCUAACACCCAUGGAAGAGUCUGCACCCUCUCCUCCAGGCCAUCCACACCUUUCAGCAGGAGCACGACCACCAUGCCUGGACACAAUGUUCAGUCGUCACGAGCCCAGUUCACCGUCCGAGCCAUCGCGGAGCGCGCGACAUGGCUGUCUGGGCUGGACCUACCGGCGUACCUCAACGGCACGUCAGCUGAUGGAUUGCUUAGCGCUUCUGGAUGCACGCUGCCUGGCGAUUACGGGUUUGAUCGCUUGGGGCUCGGGGAGCAGCCUGAGGACUUGAAGUGGUACGUCCAGGCCGAGCUCGUCCACUGCCGGUUUGCCAUGGCAGGGGUCGCUGGCAUCCUUGGAACCGAUCUGAUCCGUGUAUCAGGGAUCAGCAACCUACCAGUGUGGUUUGAAGCAGGCGCCGUGAAAUUUGACUUUGCCAACACCACAGCACUCUUCUUUGUCCAGCUUCUCUUGAUGGGGUAAUUCUACAUCCAACUGAAACAUUUACUCAACCCUAAAGUACUCUCACCUUAUUUUAUGAUGGUUAGUAUAGAAACCUAAAACAUGCAAAAUAAAUAGAGGGAUCAUUUGGGAUAACACAGUUACUGAUUAGAGAGAGAUUAUUUGCAUUGCAAGUGCAUAUCUAACAUCAAUUAUCUGAAGAAGUAGAUGUCUUCAUAGGAAAAAACACACAUGUUUCUCUGGUGUACACCAUAAUUGCAUACUAAACCUUCUUUCGUCACAUGAUAUCCAUCACAGUUCGAGUCCCAUAUACUCAAGCCGAUAACAAUACAAACCCAGGCCUGAGC